GUGGCUGGUGUGAUAUUAUAGUGUGAGCACUUGUAUUACGAGUACAAUCAUGAUAUAACGUUGAAACUAACGUGUGUAUAUAAAAUAUUAUUAUUACCCAGAAGUGGAAUUUAUGAGACGAAAGUGAUCGUUAAUAUGAUACAAGUAUAAUCGAAUGUCCCGCUGUACAACAAUCGAAGGUACAAUCUUAUUUUUGACUUGAUACAUCUUUGCUGAAUCAACGAUCAAUCCACUUCUACUACCAUCUUUAAGUAAAGAUGGGGGUCCAAAUGUGGGUGUUAAAUGUGCUAACGCUAUUAGCAUUAUUGGCAAGUUCUAACCAGGCAGAAAACGAUUUAGAAGAAAGUCUACAUCAGUUACAACUAACCGAUAACGGUGGUGACAUUAGUUCCAGUUUCAAUGAAGAAAAAGAUGAAGAAAGUGUAUUAAAAAAUACGAACACAACAAAUUGGGAAGCUUACCAAUUAGGCACAAGGUCUAUGCGGGGACAACUAUCUAAAUUAAGGCGUAUACGUAGGCCUAGAUAUAAACCAAAACAUAACCGUUACCCUAUACCAAAACCUAAACCAAAGCCUAUACCAAAACCUAAACCAAAGCCUACACCAAAACCUAAACCAAAGUCUACAACAAAUCCUAAACAAAAGCCUUCACCAAACCUUACAACAAAACCUACAUCAAAUCCCAAACCAAAGUCUACAACAAAACCUAAAUCAAAUCCUCCACCAAACCCUACAGCAAAGCCUACAUCAACACCUAAAUUAAAACCUACUCCAACUCCUAAGCCAACGCUAAAACCACAACUUAAAACUACCUCCAAACCACAAACUACUAAACAAUCAACUUUAAAAUCAAAACCAACAUCGACACCACAAGCACAGCUUACAAUUACCUCCGAACCAAAAACCACUAAACAGUCGACUUUAAAACCAAAUCCAACAACGAAACCACAACCACAACUUAAAACUACCUCCGAACCAAAAACUACUAAACAUUCGACUUUAAAAUCAAAAUCAACAUCGACACCACAACCACAGCUUCAAUCUACCUCCGAACCACUAACUUCUAAACAGUCGACUUUAAAACCAAAUCAACAUCGACACCACAACUUCAGUCUACCUCCGAACCACUAACUACUAAACAUUCGACUAUAAAACCAAAAUCAACAUCUACACCACAACCACAGCUUCAAUCUACCUCCGAACCACUAA